GAAGGCAAAGAAUUGUCAAAAGAAACUCAACUUGUUUCAAAGUCUUUGAAAAAAAAAACAAAACCAGUUACUACAAUUAUUACCGUCACUCUCUUUCUUCUUAACCCAAACAAAAAAUUAUGUAAUCUUCUUCUUCUUCCUCUGUCUCUCACUUUCUAUCUAAUUCCAUAUCCAUGGCUUCUAAAGUUUCAAUCUUUCUUCCAUUUCUCAUCUCCCUUCUCGCAAUUCUCAAUCAAACUUUAUGUUUAGAAUCAAACCCAAACCCAAAUUCAAUAACACAAACAGACCAAGAUUGCACCGACCGUUGGAUCCACAUAAGAAAACUCCCACCACGGUUCAAUCUUGAUCUUCUUUCAAAUUGUUCAGUUUACCAUCCCUUCUACGAAAAUUUCUGCCCCUUUUUAUCAAACCAUGGUUUAGGACCCAAAACACAUAACCGUUCACAAUCAUGGUUCCGGUCAGAUCCUUUGUUGUUAGAAUUAACUUUCCACAGAAGAAUGCUUGAAUAUCCAUGUUUAACUUCUGAUCCUAAUCUUGCUAACGCUAUUUACUUGCCUUAUUAUGCUGCUAUAGAUUCUUUAAGGUAUCUCUACGGUCCUGAUGUGAAUGUUAGUACAGAACACGGGUUAGACUUAUUUGAUUUUCUUCAAGAAAAUAAUUUGCCUAUAUGGGAAAAAAGUUACGGGAUUGAUCAUUUUCUUGUUAUGGCUAGGCCUGCUUGGGAUUUCUCACAGCCGUUGGAUGUUAAUCCUCCUGUUUGGGGUACUUCAUUUCUUGAAUUGCCCGAGUUUUUUAAUGUUACUGCUUUAGUUGUUGAAGGUAGAGCUUGGCCAUGGCAGGAGUUUGCCAUUCCUUAUUUAACUUCUUUUCAUCCGCCAACUUUGGCUUUUCUUGAAUCUUGGAUCAGCAGAGCAAAGAGUUCGAGGAGAACCACAUUGAUGCUGUUUGCCGGCGGUGGAGGUGUUAGCGCCACCCCGAAUAUCCGGCGGAGUAUUAGAAAUGAAUGUGAUAAUAGUAAUGCCAGUGAGAGCUUUUUAGGUAAUGGCGGUGGGUAUAAUAGAGUUUGUGAUUUAGUAGAUUGUUCUAAUGGGAUUUGUGAGCAUGAUCCGAUUAGAUACAUGAGGCCUAUGUUGCAAGCUACAUUUUGUUUGCAGCCUCCGGGUGAUACUCCGACUCGAAGGUCGGCUUUUGACGCAAUUAUUGCAGGGUGUAUACCGGUUUUCUUCGAAGAACAGACUGCGAAAUCGCAGUACCGAUGGCACUUGCCGGAGGAGAUGUAUGAAGAAUUUGCUGUGUUUAUACCUAAAGAGGAGGUUGUUUUUAAAGGGUUGAAGAUUUUGGAUGUGCUCAUGGGAAUUCCGAGAGGACAAGUGAAGAGAAUGAGGGAGAAAGUGAUAGAGUUGAUGCCAAGAAUUGUGUAUAGGAAACAUGGAAGUUCUUAUGGUUUGAGAGCAAAGAAGGAUGCUUUUGAUAUUGCAGUUGAAGGUGCUUUGCAGAGGAUCAACUCUAGACUUAGAGGACAUUUUUAUCAGUGACUACUAAUUGAUUUUAAUUCUUCUGCCUGUUGUAAUUAUUGUUGUUUAUUUAUGUUUAUUUGUUCCUGCAAAAAUGCAGAGAAAAUAGAUAGAUCAUAUUCUAUUUGUAUCAGCUCUAGAUGAAAAUGAAAUUUUGAUAUUUUUAUCUA